GGGCCACCGCCAGCCCCGCGCCUUCCUCCUCCGGCCCACCGCCGGCACCUUCCUCGGGGUUUUGCCUCCCUGCCUCCCGAUCCACAUCUUGGGCCCAAGUAGCAUGGAAAGUGCCGCCUGCUCUGAGAAAGAGACAGUGUCAGGACGUUUCCAACGGGGACAAGCAGUGCUCACAUCCAUCGCCAACACCACUGGUUUUCUUUCAGAGGAUACGACGGGAAAUCCGAUCUUCACGUUGGAAUAACCAAUACUAAUGUUGUUUCAGAGCCACCUCUCCUGUUGCGGUAAUGUCUGGUACCUGUUAAAAAUGCAGGCUGCGACAUCCAAAUAGCUGAUGCUUUGCUGUUGAAGAACACGUACUUCCUCAGCGUGCUGCAGGUAGCAGAACCGGGAGCUUAGCUGCUCACUACAAAAAGAGUAUCAUGUAAAGAUCAAAAGAAUCUUGAGUCCAAGAACUUACCAUGCCUUGCAGCAGUGAGCACACAGAGCUUGACAUCAAAGCCGUACACCACUCUUCACGUUGCACAGAACGGAACUGACAGGCGUGGUGUAUAAUUACAACGAAGAGGGCAUUCAGAGAGCUGAAACUGGAUGGGAACAGUGCAUUAGUAUCCCACUAGUGCAGCCAGACAUGUUUGGGCUUCUUCAGCAGUGGGAUAAGGUCCUAGAGGAAUUUUCUGUGGGAGAGGCCUGGCUUCCUCACAGGUAUGAAGAACAUGACCACAAUUGCUACACAUACGCACUGGCAUUCAUUAACAGCGUACUGACUGCACAAGGAAAACGGCAAAUGAGUAAAAGUGAAUUUACGGAGAAAUUCGUGAUCCCACAGACAAAGAAAGCUUCCAAAUACAUUACUUUGCAUCAGGAGCUAACAGCUAAUGACUUCUACAUAGUACCCCUUCCUGAUCAAGAAAAAUAGUGCUGAAAAUGACCAGUUGCUAUAUUACAUCAUCUACAACAUGCAAUAGGAAAAGGAAGUCUUAAGACUCCAGAUCUCAGGGUUUAAGAUGCAUGAUCUACUGAUGUAUUUAAAAACACAAUUAACUUCACGUUAACCUGCACAGCAUGGAAGGACUGGGAAACUGAACUUGCGCAUUUGAAUGAAACAACAUGCAUACAAGUACACACUACAGAAAGUUUCAAUGGGAACUAUUCCUAUGGAAAAAUAUUCUCCUAUUUACAUUCACUAUGUGCUCUGUUCUGCCAAGACAUUUAAUACUAGAAAUCGUAACUGCUGUGUAAUUAAGGGUUUUAACAAAUGAACUGUGGUAACUUAAGCUGUAGCAAACCCAAAUGUUUUUUCCUGUCAUAUUUGUUUACUGAUGGGUGAAAAAAAGGGAAUUUGUGCUUGCAUGCUGCUGAAAUCCAAAGUCCGUGACUUAAUGCAGCUUCACCACAUGCAAAGUUCUUUUCCUUUACUUUAAUUACUAAUAAAUAUAAGAACAAACAAAUCCA